CAUCACUGCCUUGUGGACCUUCUCCUUGAUGGACAAACACCAAAUUCUUGUUUGGGACUACAACCCCAAAUCCCUGACCGACCGUAAGGGGGUACUGGGAGUUGUAGUCCAAGAUAGGAAUGUUCUCGUGCUUCCCUGGAACAUCACCGGCUGGCUCCCCGCAAACCUCGUUGUGUCACCUCAGAAUUCAACGGCUGACACGUAGACGGGGGAAGACCGCAGCCCCGUCCUUCCCCCGGAUCCACCGAGACACCGCUUCCCCGCCUGGCCUCAUUUCCCUCUCAGAGUCCGGUUGGACAACGACAGAGCUCCUCCUCCCGAGGGGCUGAGCCUCGCCGUUCACGGAGGCCGAAGGAAGCCGAGGUGGAGGGAGUUUACUGGGCAACGGGGUCUGACGUUCGCGGGUUUGUGGUGUUGCUGCUGAAGAUUGCUCACCUAAAUGAAGCGUUUGAUACCCCUCACCCUUCUUGCCUGUGGAUCCUUUAAUCCUAUAACAAAUAUGCACUUGCGUUUAUUUGAAUUAGCAAGAGAUCACCUUCAUCAAACAGGAAGGUACCAAGUGGUUGGAGGCAUAAUUUCACCAGUUAACGACAACUAUGGCAAGCAAGGAUUGGUGACAGCCAAACAUCGGAUAGCAAUGGCUCGGCUUGCAGUAGAAACAUCAGAAUGGAUCAGAGUGGAUCCCUGGGAGAGUGAACAAAGGCAUUGGAGUGAGACUAUAACCGUUCUGAGGCACCAUUACAAAGAACUGCUUAAAUCAGACCAUAUCAGGAAACUGCCUGGGGAAAACAAUAAGCCUAUAGAAAAAGCUGCUGGGCCAUCGCUUGCUCCAUCAUUCAGAGUUGUUCCGGAGCUGAAACUUCUUUGUGGAGCAGAUUUUCUGAAGACAUUUCAAGUACCCAACCUCUGGAAAAAAGAAGAUGUUUUAGAAAUAGUGAGCAAGUUUGGGCUGGUAUGCAUUAGUCGUGCUGGUAGUGAUCCUGCACAGUGUAUAACUGAAUCAGAGCUUUUGAAUAGAUACCAGUACAAUAUCCACUUGGUCAAAGAGUGGGUCCGGAAUGAAAUCAGUGCCACAAACAUAAGACAGGCCUUGCGCAAAGGGCAAAGUGUGAAAUAUCUGGUUCCAGACUCAGUUAUUGCUUACAUUAAGCAGCAUGAUAUUUACACAGAAGAGACUGAACGGAAAAAUGAAGGGGCAUUGCUGCAGCCUCUUAAGCAAUAUGGUGCUAUGCUCAGCCCUCUUAAUGACUGAGGAUUCUCCUGUAUCAAUGCAGUAGAGUUACCCACUUCAUAGACAAAGGAAAUACUUUAUCUAUGAAAUAAAACACUGUUCUCUUUUAGCUCUUUUCAUUCAGAAUGAUCUGCUGUUUGGGAAAUCUGUGUACCACACUCCAAGGCUUUUGUAGCUGGUACUUACUGAAGACCCCAUGGUCAUCAGUCUGAGGAACACGUUUACACAAAAACUAAGGAUUCUUGUCCAGGACUAUAAUUGAAGUCCAUACAUUAAUGCUUUUCCCACUUGAUGCUCUCUGGAAACACUGGAAUCUGUUUGCAUUCUGUGAAAUUGCUGGGUCAGGGAUAUAUGAACACUUGAAAUAAGCACCAUUUGCUAUAUUAGCACCUUAUGAUUUGUAUUGCAAGAAAGUAUAUUAGGUUAAGUACACAUUGAUUGCCAGAGCAGUUACUUUUAUACAGAGCUUGCAUUUAUCCUAGGCUUUAUGAUCCAUGAUUUAUGAAGCCAUGGACUGCUACAAUGUCCCCUACCCCUCCCUUCCUGUGAUGCACCAGUUUUUUUAUGAAGAUACUGGCUCAUGCUAAGCCACUGUCCCCCAUCUUACACCUCCAAGACAAAAGUGACUUAUCCACUUCUACAUUAGGAAGAUUAGUCAGGAGGUAAAGGUUUUAUGAAGGCUUGGGCACAUUGUUCAAACUCGGCAAAUAUUAAAACAGGAAAUAUGUAUUUUAAUAUAUUUUGGUCAUAUUUCAGUGUCAGUUCUGUGAGGCCUGUUGAAAAGUUUUUGCAUAUUUGUUACCAUAUCUGUGCUAGGAUGCUUUUAAUGUGUCUGCUUUAAUACAAAUUUGUCAACUGUGAUCAUCUGGGAAUAAAAAUAAACAAACAAAAACAAUCAUGCUUGUCAGCAUCACAUUCACAAGGAUUCUUCUCCCAGAAGUCGAUUGAUGUGUUGCAAAUUGUAUUCUAUUACUGUAGCACUUGUACUGUACUUCUAAAGAAAUAAGGAGAAAACAUUCUUUCCACCCACCUCCUGCAUAUUCACAUCUGUGUGGGUGCUUCAGAAUCUUUCCUAAUAGAGUCGGAGAAAACAGUCUGAUUUUACUACAACAGUGUCUAUUCUUGCCACAGUACACUCCUGCCCAUCUUUUAAUGUAAAACAUACAGCAGAUUCAAUACAUUCCUUUACUGUAACCCAAAGCAUGAACUUGAAAGUUCCACCAUCUUCCAGCCAGUAUCCAGAGAGGUUUUGUUAAUUUAUGGCAUGUGUUUUGAACUGAUGCUUCAAAAGACAAUAUAGAAGCAUCUAUGUGUUUCCUUAUUAUUUUUAUAUAAAUGUUCUUGUCUCCCUUUCUGUUGAAAUUCAGGAAAUCCUUUACAAAAUUGUCUCCAAGCAUCUCAUUAUGAAGACACAAGAAUACUUGUCAAGAUUCUGAAGGGUGUUUUAUUUCAUUAUGCUUCAGUGGUGAGCUGGUACCUCAGUGCCUCUUGAACAAAGUUAAUCACUCCAGUGUCAUUCUCAAAUAUCAUUGUUCUUGUUUCACUGGGUUUGAGGAUGAGGAUUGAAAACACAAUCACAGGGACUGAAAUAGGUCAAAACAAAACAAGGUUCUCAUAAUACCUACAUUCCUAGCCAAUUUUCAGAUGAAACUUCCAGUAUACUAAUGGAGAGAACGCUGGACUUUGGGAAGGCAGAUUCAAAUCCUUGCUUAGCUAACAACACUGGAUGAAUCUGGACCAGUCACGUCUUCUCUCUUAGCCUCACUGUGGUGUUGUGGAAUUGAAAUAUAGAGAUGGAGUGUACUGUGCAUGUUUCUCAGCAUCAUUGAAACAGUGACAUUUUUGAAAGCAAUUACUGUAAUUAUUAGGUAUGUUUCCAUUUUCCUCCCAUGUAAAAGUUCAAUGUGGCAUGUAAUACAUUGAAAUUACUCAAAUGCAUAGAUUGAAAUGACCUUACAUGUAAUCAACUUUCACUGCUUAAAU